AUGCCUAAUCCAACGGCCAAUCGAACCACUAUGGACGAUUCCAAAAUCCAUGGAGACUGGCGAGACGAACUGUUCCAAAAUGGAUAUGUUGUGGUGAAAAAUGCGAUUCCUCAAGCACGAUGUGAAUACUAUAUCGACAAGAUGUUUGAGUGGCUAGAAAGCUUCCCUUUCGGCUUUGACAAAAACGAUCGCUCAACCUGGAAUGAAAAACAUUUACCUACCCACAUUAAAGGGGGCAUGUAUCACGGAUAUGGAAUUCAGCAUGAAAACUUUGUAUGGGAGGCUCGAACAGAGCCGGGAGUGAUCGAAGCCUUCGCAAAGCUGUGGGACACAGACAAGCUUCUAGUCUCCUUUGAUGGAAUAAAUUUCACGCUUCCAUCUGGCACUGCUCUGCCACAAACGCAGCCCUGGCCGCAUAUUGAUCAGAGCCCGCUGCGAGAAGGUAUGCAGUGUGUUCAGGGUAUCCUCAACUUUGCGCCGAAUGGACCUAAAGAUGGGGGUCUCCUCGUCAUGAAGGGGUCUUCCAAGCUUAUGCCCGAGUUCUUCAAGUCUCAUUCGGCUACAAUUGGCCGACCAACCUGGGGACCCAUCGAUUGGUUUGGCUUUGAAGAGAGUGAAGUGAAGUGGUUUGAGGAAAGAGGCCUUGAGAUCCACAAGGUGACUGCUGACGCCGGAGACCUCAUUCUCUGGGACUCGCGCACUCUGCAUUUCAACUGCGUUCCAUCCUCUCAGAAUCUACGCGCCCUUGUUUAUGCGUGCUAUACACCAGCUUCCUUCGCAAAGCCCGAGAUUUUGCAACAAAAAGCAGAGCUUUUCGACAAGCGGAUUGGAACGACUCACUGGCCUCAUGAAAAUCUGUUCACCGAUACUAGCCGCGCGGAGCGCCCAGAAGAUGACGAUGGAUCGACCAAGCGUCUUUUCGAGCAGCCCAUUGAGACAGAUCUGGUAUUGAAGCUGGCAGGGAAAGUACCCUACUGA